AUUCCAAGUUCUCCUAUGGCACUACAAUGCAACACUCAGCCAUUCACAAGUGUAGGUUAUCAGAUGUUUCAAGUGAUGCGGUUUGCUGUGGAGCAGAUCAAUAACUCCACCACCAUCCUGCCUAACAUCUCUCUUGGAUAUGAGAUCUUUGAUUAUUGCUUGUACAAUCAGAAUUUCCCUUCAAUCCUCGAGAUGAUCUCAGACAACGGACGAAUAAAUGUAUCAGCCAAAGACAGCAAGCAUAAUGUCAUUGGUCUUAUUGGUCCUUAUGACAGCUCUGCAGCCUUGGCCAUCUUACCCUUGUUCACAAUGGACCUCAUUCCAAUGAUUAGCUAUGCAUCCUCAAGCUAUGAUCUAAGCGAAAAGUGGCUAUAUCCAAGUUUUUUGAGGACUGUGCCAACCAACCAAGAUAUAAUUAUGGUCAUACUUGAGCUCAUUCAGCAAUUUGAAUGGAAUUGGGUAGCUUUUAUUAGUAGUGACGACUCAUACAGUCAAAACGGCCUCAAACUCUUUCACAGUAAUAUCAAAGCCACCAGCAUCUGUUUGGCCUUUUCCUCUGUAAUUACACUGAACUCCAACUACACAGAUAUAUUACGGAAGAUAGAAUCAUUAAGCAUCAACGUCAUCAUAGUCUUCACACUGGAAGACACUGCCCGGGCGUUUAUCAAAGCUGCUAUCAAAAUCAACAUAAGAGACAAGGUUUGGAUAGCAGGUGAUGCAUGGUCUAUGGAUGCAGAGAUUUCCACUUACCCUGGCAUUGGGCAGAUUGGAACUAUUUUUGGAAUUACCGCAGCAACGCUAAAUUUGCCUGAAUUUGAUGAAUUUGUCUAUCAGACACGACUCCGUGGUGAAAAUAAUGACUGUGUGAAUUGUGAGGACAUAGCGAAAUGCAGUCAGGUUUGUGAUGACUGCAUGAAGCAGAACCCAGAGGACAUUAUAAAGGAAAACCCCACAUAUUCAUUCUUCAUCCAGGCAGCUGUGUACACCUUUGCCUAUGCACUCCAUCAUAUGCUCAACUGUAGCAUGAUGGGAUGUAGCCCAGCUCAGGACAUACCUCCCCAUGUGGUUCUGCGAAAUGUUAGACAGACGAAUUUCACGUUACAAAACCAGUACAUUAGGUAUAACCAAAAUGGAGAUCCACCAGCCAGUCUCGCAGUAGCCCUCUGGAGGCCAGAUGAAAACCCAUUUUUUCUUGUGGUGGCUACAUAUAAAACCCAGCCUGUUGUUAAGUUCACCUUGAACAAGCAGCUAGUCCCCUGGUUUGAAAAUGGCACGGCUCCCUUUUCUAACUGUUCUGUUGAAUGUGAAACUGGUUAUAGAAGAAUACAAACAUCAGUACAUAAAUGCUGUUUUCAGUGUAAGAAAUGCCUGGCUCAAACAUACAUCAACACCACAGCGGAUGCUUACACGUGUACUCCCUGUGAAGAAGGUUACUGGUCUGAUGAGAAGAGCACAAUUUGCAAAAAGCGCACUAUUGUCUAUCUUCAUCUUAAGGAUCCUCUGUGCAUCCUGUUCUUGGUUUGCGCUGUGGCCCUCAUUGUUAUCUCCAUUGGACUCAUAAUCCUUUUUGGCAUCAACUACAACACUCCGGUGGUUAAGUCUGCUGGUGGUAAUAUGUGCCUACUUAUGUUGUGUUGUUUGAUUCUGGCCAACAUUGGAGUGUUUUCUUACUUUGGAGUUCCAGACCCAGUUAAUUGUGCUUUAAGAAAUGUCUUUUUCAUAUUUUUUUACACUAUUUGCCUUUGUUGUAUGGGUGUGCGUUCCUUCCAGAUUGUUUGUGUCUUUAAAAUAGCUGCACAGUUUCCAGAUGUCUACCACUGGUGGAUGAAGAACAAUGGUCAAUGGCUCUGUAUUAAAGUCUACUCUUUCAUACAGCUUGUUGCUUGUGUAAUAUGGAUUCUAACUGGAAGACCCAAACCCUACAACGACAGCGCGUCUUUUAAUGAUCAGAUUAUUUUGACAUGUGAUAUGGGAUCAUUGGUCACAUCCACCUUGGCUUGGUGUUGUCUUUGGUUUCUUAGUGUAGUCUGUUUCUGUUUCUCUUACAUGGGCAAAGAUCUUCCAAAAAGCUAUAAUGAAGCCAAGCCCAUCACGUUUAGCUUGCUUGUAUUUUACCUGGGCUGGAUUGCAUAUUUCACAGCUUACAUUGUGUUCAGAGGGGCUUACAUACAACUCUUUAAUGCAGUAGCCCAGCUAUCCAGUUCAUAUGGAAUUAUUUUCAGUUUCUACAUGCCAAAAGCAUACAUCAUUGUUUUCCAACCAAGAAAGAACACUCAGGCAUACUUCCAGUCAACAAUCCAGACAUAUACACAGACUAUUAGCAGAAUGUAG